AUGGCCCCGCUGCUGCUGCUGCUCCUGGCCGCCCUGCCGCAGCCCCUGGGCGGCUCGGGCCGCUUCGCCCAGCCCCGGCUGCGGCGCUGGGGGGCGGCCGCCCUGCGAUACCUGCAGGGGGCUCCGUGCGCCCCGCGGGGCGGCCCCGAGCCCGAGUGCCCCGCGCUCUACGUGUCGGAGCCGGCCCGGCCCGGCCACAAGCUGCGGGCUCUGUUCCCCGACGGCUCUGCCGCGGCCAGCGACGCCAACCGGGGCGGCCCCGGGGCGCCCCCCGCGCACGACGCGCUUCUGCUGCUGGACCCGAGCCCCGGCGCCAGCUUCGGCCACCCGCUGCGGCUCUUCCAGCUGGACUUCGGCGUCAGCCGGCGGCGCUGCCGGGGCCCGGACCGCGUAUAUCUGGGCAGCUACGAGUGCCUGACCCUGGCCCUGCGGAGCCGCUGUGAGAACCAGACGAAGCGGCGCGGGCGCGGCGGGCAGGGCACGCGGGAGGCGCCGCCGGUGGGGGACUGCGAGAUUCACUUCCUGCCCUUGGUGGUGGCGGCGCAGGACCCCAAGCGGCAGCAGAGGCUGCACUGUGUAGAACUGCCAGGAUUCAGCCCGUGUCCGCAGCCGCUCCCCGUGGUCAGCCCCGGCCCCGCGGCCGCUCACUGCGAACUGGACAAGAACACGCGCCGGUGCCACCGGCAGCAGCUGCCCUCCCACAAGUCCUGCCGCGUGUACCAGACCUGCGACCACGCCGUGCUCAUUUCAGGCGGCUGGCAGGACCAGAUCACCUACCCCCACCACGCCCACAACCUGUGGCUCUUCGCCCAGAUGCUGCGGCGGAACGGUUUCCGGCAGGAGAACAUCAAGGCCUUCUUCGCGGGCGACGGCCAGGCGGCAGUGGCUGCAGAGGUGGGCGACGUGUAUCCAGCCACGGAGAAGCUGCUGAUCCGCAGCCACCUGGCGCUGGUGUGCCGCACACGGCACUGCGCCGACUCGCUGGUGCUUUACCUGAACAGCCCCACCCGGAGCGACGGCACCAUGCUCCUGUGGGACACCAACAAGAACGGCAUCGUGAGUGGGGCGCUGCACGGGCACCCCCCAGCUGGGACCCCCGGCAUCCCUGGGGUGGUGAGGGGUUCUGCAGCCAGGAGAUGCGGGGUGACUCCGUGGCUCUGUGUCCCCCUCUGCUGCCCCCAAGGUGGGGCUGAGAGAACCAGCCUCCCCAUUGAUCUCCAGGUGGAGGCUGACCCCAAGGAGCGCUACCCUGUGGCCGAGCUCCUGGCCGACCUGGAGGGCUGCAGUGCCCGCAGGGUCUUCCUCUUCCUCGACCAGAGCUACCCGGGCCUGCUGGCCAAGAAGCUGCUGGCGUCCGGGCGGCACGGAAACGUGGUGCUAGUGAGCGGCCAGCGGGGCUCUGACUUCGCCCGGGGCUCGGCCUUCAGCGAGUUCUGGGCUCGGCUGCAGCCCGACCAGUGCCUGCUGCAGCACCUCCUGCAGGCGGGCCCACGGGCAGCCGGCUCCUCUCCUGGGGCCACGCUGCAGCUGCUCAACGUGACCCUGGCCGGGGCGCCCUGCCACAACACCCCGGCGCUGACGGAGGACGAGCGCAGGAGGGAGUUCCUGGGCUGCCAGAACCUGCCCACCAUGCUCUGGUACCAGGCCGCACACACGCAGCAGCAGCAGGAUGACGACUGAAGCCAGUUCCCAUCCCUGGUUCCUGCUCCCUGCAGAGCCCCCCACGCCCGCUCAGAGCCAGCCGCAGGGGCCGUGCCCCCUCCCAGGCAUCAGCCACAGCGCCAGGCCCAGCUGGGAUGAGCAGCCAGGGGCGGGAGGGCAGCAUUCAGGCUCCGAAAGGGCCCUUGGCACGUGCCAGGCGGGGCCAGGGAGGGGACCUGCUGUACCUCACCCACUCCCUCAAUAAAGAACCAGUUCUG